AUGUCUCGCCUCACAUACUUCCUAGUCCUCCUUGGAGUGGUGGUUCUUGUUGCUGCCGCCACCACCGAUGCCCGUCUCUCCUCAUACUGGGGCGAUGAGCGAGAGUCGCCAGAGGAGAAAGGGCCAUCACAUCGCGACCACGGCCACGGUGAUGAUCAUGACCAUCCUCCUCAUCGUCAUGCCCUAGAGGAUGAUCGUCAUGAACGUCCUGGCGAACACGAGAGCGAUAAGCGAAAGCCUCCAGAGGAGAAAGGACCAUCUGAUCAUGAUCACGACCAUGGCCAUGACCAUGACGGCGACCACAGCCACCCUCCUCCUCGUCAUGCCCUAGAGGAUGAUCGUCGUGAACAUCCUGGUGAACAUGGGGACGAUGAGCAAAAGCCUCCGAAGCAGAAAGGACCAUCCGAUCACGAUCACGACCACGACCAUGGCCAUGAAGGUGACCACGACCACCCUCCUCAUCGUCAUGCCCUAGAGGAUGAUCUUCGUGAACAUCUUGGCGAACAGGGGGGCGAUGAGCGAAAGCCUCCGGAGGAGAAAGGACCAUCUGGUCACGACCACGAUGGCGACCACGACCACCCUAUUCAUCGACAUCUUCUAGAGGAUGAUCAUCAUGAUUGUCUUGGCAAACACAGGGGUGAUGAGCGAAAGCCUCCAGAGGAGAAAGGACCAUCUGGUCGCGGCCACGAUUGCGACCACGACCACCCUAUUCAUCGACAUCUUCUAGAGGAUGAUCAUCAUGACCGUCCUGGCGAACACAGGGGUGAUGAGCGAAAGCCUCCGGAGGAGAAAGGACCAUCUGAUCGCGGCUACGAUGGCGACCACGACCACCCUAUUCAUCGACAUCUUCUAGAGGAUGAUCAUCAUGAUCGUCCUGGCGAACACAGGGGUGAUGAGCGAAAGCCUCCGGAGGAGAAAGGACCAUCUGGUCACGGCCAUGAUGGCGACCACGACCACCCUAUUCACCGACAUCUUCUAGAGGAUGAUCAUCAUGAUCAUCCUGGCGAACACAAAGGCGAUGAGCGAAAGCCUCCCGAGGAGAAAGGACCAUCUGGUCGCGGCCACGAUGGCGACCACGAUGGCGACCACGACCACCCUAUUCAUCGACAUCUUCUAGAGGAUGAUCAUCAUGAUUGUCUUGGCGAACACAGAGGCAAUGAGCGAAAGCCUCCGGAGGAGAAAGGACCAUCUGGUCGCGGCCACGAUUGCGACCACGACCACCCUAUUCAUCGACAUCUUCUAGAGGAUGAUCAUCAUGAUCGUCCUGGCGAACACAGGGGUGAUGAGCGAAAGCCUCCGGAGGAGAAAGGACCAUCUGGUCGUGGCCACGAUGGCGACCACGACCACCCUCCUCAUCGUCAUGCCCUAGAGGAUCGCCGCAAUAAGAGUCCUGGCGAAGGGAAAGCACCGCAGGACAAAAGACCACCACACCACAAGGGAAAGCCACCACACACGGUGGAGAAGCUCAUUGCUGGUCGACCUCGCAAAGGCCGUCCUCCUCUUAAUUGA